UACAUCUUAGUACCAGGAACAACAAUGAAGAGAAGAUUUAUGGGUUCUUCAAAGAAGAAGCCUACUGAUUCACGCAUGAUCCGUAAAUCUACCAGGGAAGCAUCAAUCGACACCCUCCAAGCAGCAUCGAUCGGCAGCGUGAACCAAGCAUCGAACGACACUAUUCAUCCUGUGUCAGACAACACUGUUCAUCAUGGUACUGUUCACUUUAGCACUGUUCAUCGAGGUACUGUUCAUCCUGCGUCGAUCGACACUGUACAUCCCCCGUCGAUCGAUACUGUUCAUCCCCAGUUAAUCGACACUGUUCAUCCCCCGUCGAUCGAUUCGACAUUGUUUCUCCCCCGUCGAUCGACACUGUUCAUCGUGAUACUGUUCAUCACGACACUGUUCAUCCGGGUACUGUUUAUCCGAAUACUGUUCAUCCCGAUACUGUUCAUCCCGAUACUGUUCAUCUGGGGAAAAACGACACCACUUGCGGAGAUACAGUGAAGAUCAAAGUGCUCAUACUGAAGGUCGACGAGAAUGGGAUGUUAAGAGACGAAGAAGGUCGCACUCGCAAGAACGCAUGACAAUUGAUUAAUGCUCAGGGUGAUGUGAUCCUUGAUGUGAUUGAUGUUGCUGAGGUGAAUGACUUUGAUAUGAGCCGAGAGUGGUAUGACUGGGUAGGUCAAUACCCCUUCCAAGGUCUUCCUCACCAAGAUCCCAGAAACCAUAUCGAAGAGCUUGAGGAUCUAGUGUCAAUGAGUGAGCAGAAUAAAGUGUCGGGAUGCAUUUAGCUGGUUCAGUCAACUAUAGCCAGGAUCUCUAACCAGCUGGGAGGACAUUCAAAGAGCAUUCCUAUACAAAAUUUUUGAUGAUGCCGAAGCAACUCGAGAAAAUGAGAAGAAUGAUAAGUGGGACAAGCUCGUUGAAAGUUGGCAAAUAAAGAGGAAAGCUAAAAUUCCGAGAUAGUUGCUGGACAACAUUAUGGUAGAGGGUGAUAAACAACAUGGAUAUGAAGAGCUGAGCAGAGAAGAAGCUGAGACUAAUGAUCCGACGUCAGCAUCGAUCAACACCACUACCUCAACAUCGACACCAGCACCGCAAAAUCGAUCAACACCAGCACCUCAACAGCGAUCGACAUAAACUUUUGUCAUCGAUUGAUACCACUCGAAAUCCCUGAAAGAUCGAGUUGUCCUCAGGACAUCGCAGACUCUGCACAAAAGAGCACUGAUGUAUCAAGUUGUUAUCCUACCCCAGAUGUAGAAAAAGAGAUCACCAUGGAAGAUUUCUUGGAGCUAGAAGAAUUCUUGGAGUUAAAGGAUGGAGAACAGCUUGGAGAUUUGGAUUCUAGUAGAGAAGUUACUAUGAAAGACUUCUUGGAGUUGGAAGAAUGGCUUGAAGAUAUGGAUCAGAAUUUAAAGAAGAAGCUUGAUGACGAUCAGCAUACUACGAGAGGAGAUCUGGAAACUUCACCCAAUACUAGCAUCGAUCGACACCAACCUGAUGAAAUCGAUCAAAAACCACCCCACAUCAUCGAUCAAUGCCCACCCUAUAUCAUCGAUCGACACUCAGCAGAUAGCAUCUAUCUACACCCACCCGACAUCGAUCGACACCGCCAACCAGUUACCAAUCGACACCACCCCCUUGAUAUCGAUCGAUGCCCAUUGUUGGACGAACCGCCAGGUUGCAUAGUUGAGAUGGAAUCGAUCGAGGAGAAAAUGCACGAGUAUGAGGCCUCACACCUUGUUGUCCCUAAACACCAGAGACCACUUGUCUGGACAGGAGAAGCUGCUGGGUUUCACAAAAGAGUGAAGAUGAUUCGUGAUCCUUUGAAGAUUGUGGUUCCAUGCACUGUAUUUGAAGCUGAAUUUCCUAUCCCACCAGAUAGAAGUGUGCGUCUGGCUUCUUACAUUAACGUAUUUGAUGAUCCUCUACAUGCAGAAUCUUCUCAGAGAGGGUUGAGAUAUAGAGGCGACAUCGACCACUGCCCAUCAGUCGCAGUGUUAAAAAACACCAACCAGAUACCAUCUAUCGACACUACCACUUCUUCGUCGAUCGAUACUGGAUGCGUUUCAGAGCAGAAAGAAUUCGAUGUGUGUAGAAAUUGUUUUGAAGGAGACACCAACAGGAGAUCAGACAAGUCUGGAGGAAAGAAGAGGAUGAAUUGGAAGAAGAGAAAAAUGAUCAAGAGCGAUCCUCAGUUAUCAUUGAUUACUCACUUCUCAGAUGGUGUCAGGAAGUACAUAGUGCGCAACAGAUGCUUCUCACAGCCAUAUGCAAAGCUUCGAGCACUACUUAUUGCUGAGAUGAUAGACAAAGGAGAAGAGUAUAUGGAGGAGGCUUUCACAAAAGAAUGAUGAAGCUUCAGAGAGUAGACAUUGAGACUUGGUUUGGGGCAAGUUCUCAUUCUCAUAUGGGACAGAAUCAGAUCUCCAGAAGUCAAACUAAUGACUGAAAAUAAGCGCUGAGUGGGAGACAACCCACUAAUAGGUAAUUUCUUUUAAGCUUAGUUUAAAAUUUUACCGAUUUUCGUUUUUAAAUUUUAUGCAGGUCAAAUAAAAAAGAUGAACAGUGACGACGACACUGUAGCAUCAAUCGACACUGUAGUAAAAACGUCGAUCGACACUGUAGCAUAGGUACUGUUCAUUAGAAAAAAAAAAGAUCCAAGGUUCAUGAGUUCUGGAUCAGCAUCGACCGACAAAUGACCAAUAUCGAUCGACGGAGCAUCACAAGUAUCAAUCGCCACUUAACUGUGUUGAUUGAUACUCACAUCAAUGGCAUGUAUACUCGCGAAACCUUGUUAAAUUUAGUACUUAUGGUUUAUUUUCCCACCAAUCAUAGACUGUAUAACACUGGGGACAGUGUUGUCUAAGUCUGGGUGAGGUUCUACUAUAUUAUGUUUUCUUUUUGGACUGGUGGCGAAUGGCAACUGUGAAUUGUUGGAGAUAAGAAAUCCACAAAGCAUGCCGAGCUGAGACUUUGGUUUGGGUGUCUAAAUGCAGCAGAUCACCAUGAUCAGUGAACAAAACAAACUUCCGAUGAACUAAAUAAUGAUGCCAAUGUUUUAUAGCCUGGACAAUAACAGAAUUUGACGUCAUACAUACUCUAACGGCUUCUAUCUCCUGCAAGUUUCUAACUACAAAAAGCAAUUAACAGACUAUUUUGUCUUAACACAACACCAAUGCCGAGUUUGGAGGCAUCACAAUGUAGCUCAAACGUCGAUUAAAAAUCUGUAAGAACAAGGAUUAGUGCAAAAGUCAAUUUUUCUUUGAUUAAUGCAAAUGCUUAUGUUUCUACUUGUGCCCACGAAAAAUUCCAUCACGCAUACAAGUAGGGAUAGGUGACAUAAUGGUGCUAAAGUUAUUGACGACGUGGCGAUCAAAAUAUGCCAACACGUGAAAGCUUCUCACCUCGGAGACUGUCUUUGGAAUCGGCCAUGACCAUACCCGCUUCUAUUUUUGACAUGUUGACUGAGAGCUUCUUGUCGGAGACAACAUAGCCGAGGAAAAGAACUAGUGCAACUCCGAAUUCACACUUUUGUUUUACUGCAUAUAGCUUCUCCUUCUAUAACACAGUGAGGAAUUGUCGCAGAUGUUCCUCAUGCUCGACCAUAGACGUGCCAAGAGUUAGUAUGUCGUCAAAGUACAAGACAACAAAUCUUUCAAUAAAAAAUCGAAGCGCCUGAUUCAUAAUUAGUAUAAAGAAGCUAUGAGCAUUAGAUAACCCCAAUGGCAUUAUUAACCACUCGAAGAGACCUUCUCGCAUUUUAAAAUUUUUCUUCCAUUCAUCUCCUGGACGGAUUCGAAUUUGAUGAUAUCCGCUUUUAAGAUCGAUUUUGUAAAAUAUCCUUGCUGCUCCAAUUUAGUCCAAGAGAUCAUCCAGGCGAGGAAUAGAAAAUCUAUAGCAAAGUAUGAUUUUGUUAAUAGUGUGACUAUCCUUGCACAUACGCCAUGCUCCAUCAUUUUGGAAUAAAAAAAAUGGAACGACACAUGAGCUAAGACUUUCUUUAAUAUGUCCUUUUUGUAGUAGGUCCUCAACUUAGCGCCUUAAUUAUUUGUGUUCCCCAGGACUCAUGCGGCAGUGAGGUCGGUUAGGUAGAGUAGUGCAUGUACAAGAUUGAUAUGAAGUUGUAUGUUGCGGAGUGGCGGCAAUGCUUUCGGUAAGUUUGUUGGAAAGAUUUCUUCAAACUCACUAAAGACGGACGCUAAAACAGGAUCGGGAGGCGUGAUGAGAAUUUGGUGGAAGGUCGCUGGGAGGAAGGAAAAAUGUGUAACCUUCCUCUUGUAAUUCUGAGACGAAAGAUGAAUAUGAACAAAGCAUAGUAACAGGACAUUGUUUUGGUGGUGUGAUAGCAGGUUGAUGUAUUGCCGAUGAUUGCGGAGGAGAAGUGUUACUGCCCGAGAUGGCAGGAGUAUAAUUUGCUUUGUCUCCCAUGUGAAACUUUAAUUAUUUUAAUCUCCAUCAUAAGUUACUUUACGAUCAUUUUCCCAUGGUCGUCCUAACAGUAAGUGGAAAUAUCCAUCGGUGCAACAUCAGAGGACAAACGUCCUUGUAGUGCGAUCCUAUUGAGAACGACACUAGAUCUUGUUGAGUGAUGCGUAGAUUAACACCUUCAGUUAGCCAACCUAAUGAGUAUGGUGCAUGAUGAGGUUUUUGGAGAAAAUCAAUUUUGUUGGCGGCUUCUUCAGUCAUCAAGUUGCGCCAACUCCCUGAGUCAAUGAUAAAGCUGCAAACGCGACCAAGAAUUUCUGGACGAGUGAAAGAUACUGGUUCAUAACCAUUUUUUGUCUGGACGUCGUGGUAUGAGACACGAUCGGUGAGUGACGAGCAAAUGCCCGGUGUCCCAUGUAGUAAAUUGAAUCUUCUCUACCUGUUUGUCCUCCUCUCCGUAAGAGUCAUAAACCAGUGCCUUAUCAUCAUGGCUAUCGUCGAUAACUAAUCCUCGUCAUGUCUUUUGUGGACAGGCCAUUUAACGAUGUCCCAAUUCACCGCAUGAGUAGCAUUUUAAGGUUGGUAUACGAGUUGAGCAACAAAGAUUAUUAUCUGUAGGUGCUGACAUACGAGAAGCAGGAGCCGUUGCAUCUGGUUCCUUUGUUGUGGCCUGCAAAAUAGUCUGCUCCAAAAAUGAGAUCGAGAGGUUUGACUUCCCCAUGUUUUCGAUCAUUUCUGUUGUUCGAAGGUAUAUGUGCGCCUAUGUGAUUUUGCAAGUGUAGUGGGAUCAAAUUGGGAUAAUGCAUUUUGGAGUUGGGGAAGAAUGCCUCAUAUGAAUUGUAAGACAAGUUGUUAUGCGCUGUUGUAUAUGUCGGUCCGCGUGAGGAGAAGGGAGAACUCCUCUAGGUAGUCGUCUACGGUACGUGACCUUUGAAGGAGAUUCUGAAGUUUAGUAUAUACCAUCUUCUUAUAGUUAUAGGGUAAGAAGGUGGCUUUAAGAUGUUGUUUUAGUUUCUCCCAAGCCAUGAUUUGGAGGUUUACUCUUAUGAUGCCUAGUUGUCUUAACUUGUUUCCACUAAAUGGCUACAUGACCUCGGAAUUUCAUCACAAUGAGACACUCGUUUUUAUUUGGAUACCUGUUUGAAUUCCAACAAUUAAUCAACUGUUGCAAUCCAGUCAAGGAAGGCUUCACCACGAGCUCCCCCUUGGAACUCUGGUAUUUACAACUUUGAAAGAGGACUCCCACUGCUGAUCGGGUGGCUGUACCCGUUCAACAUCCUCUGGUUGGCUAAAAUUGUGACGGCGUUGAGCACUAUGACGACCACGUCAUUCUCUGAUUCACCAUUAUUGAAUAUUGGAUUUUGGACCGUGAGCUGCUGUCCUAACAUAUCUCCCAUCUCCAAUUGAAGUAUGGAUUGUACUUCGGAUAUUUUCCUGCAUAGCCAAUGAUGCUUUCGGAAACUCUGUCAUAUCCGCAACAUGUUGUUUCGGAGGCAUGGUUGAAACUCCAAGAACGUUUUGUGUAGGAUACCAACUAAUUGAUAGCAGAAGCUUAGUUGCAAGAAAAUGUAACGAAAAUGAUAGAUUCUUAAGCUGCCAAUACUCUCGACCGAACAAGAAGGUCCUUUGAUCUUGGUGAUACUCUCAAAAUCAAAAUAUGGUUUAUACUAUUCAUCUAAGUGUUAUAGAUCUCUUGAUUGUUGUUGUAAGUUUAUAAAAUCUAUUAAUAUAAAGAAGACAAUGAUUCUCUUCUGGUGCUGCCACCUAAGAAAAUAGGGCAAGGACAAACUGCCGCGUGUCCCAUUAUUUUUAGAGUUUGCAGGCUUGGUUUUACGGAGGGCUUCUAAGUGGACCAGUAAUUUGUUUUGUUACUGUUAGAUUUGUUAAUGGGCUCGGUUAUUUGAAAUUGGUGGCCCACACUCUCGAUCACUAUGCUUCUAUUAAUCUUCUCGAUUGGAAAAUUUGGAAACUACGAGGGUUACGCUGAAGCGAAGCGUCAUCUUCGAAGGACUCAUUAACCAUUUUUCUCCACUCACACGAUCUAUCCUUUGAAUACAUUCCCCUUUACUUCCUAUCUCAGAAUCUUCGACUGUAAAAAGGCGAUUCUUUUUGAUUGUUCAUCUUAAACUAUUGCUCGGUUGAUUCGUUUUUAGAUUGUAUCUGAGGGGAAAAGGAGUGUCUGAGAGCGCUAGAUAGUGAGAGAGGCGACAAAGAACGGUGGUGGCGAUGUCGGAGCUUCGUCUCCUUUGGAUUGGAGACUCUCAGGUAUUUGGUGAUGCCGAAGUAGAUUCUGCAAGGACUGCGGCUGAGAAUGAUGCAAGCAAGAACAACGAUUAAUUGAUCCUACAUAUUGGUCGUGAGUGCUCUCUUUCUUACCCAUUACUGUUCCUCUGGUUAAUGGACGUGUCUUAGGUCUAAAAUUUUUUUUUUCUUUUGUUUGGGAUGAUCAUUGUCAUGACGGUCCUAAAUUGAUAUUCUUUUUAAAUUUUCAAGCAUGUCAUAUGCCGUGAAGGCAUAUGUAUCAACAAUUUUGGAAAAUGGCAGGACACCUGAAAAAUCUUUGAAAGUUUCCAACAUGAUCAUUGUUGCCAAGCCAGAUGCAUUAUAAAGCUCUUGAACUUUUCAACGAAGAUAGAUGGUAAGGUGUUCCACACAACAUAAAAAGUUGCAUGACUCUCCUCACUCUCAAAGAACCUUAUCGCUCUCGAUUUGGUGAACCGCAGAAGUAUGAGCCCACAGGGACAACUCUGUCUAGGAGUGAACCGGAGGUUCCAUUUCAUUCAAGGAGCCUAGGUUCGUACGCGACAUCGGACAUUAAACGCGUCUUAUUCGUUUCUGAUGCAGCAGGUGCCUUCAAUGGUGAUGAAGCAGAGGAUGUAGAGCAUAGAAUGAUGAUUUCUUCUAUGAUUCCAAAAGUGACCACGUCCAUUCUGUAAUAAUGAUUUUUUUUUCUUUUGUAAUUUUGAUCCUGUGUUUCCAUAUCGAAUAUGAAGUUCUUCUACGAGUUUUAGUGAUUUGAGGAUAUAUGACUCUGAGAAAAACCUUCCAGAUUGUUUGGAAGGCCUCAACUUCUGGAAACUCAUCUUUAUCUCUCAAAAUCAUUAAUUAUGAACGGCCUUAACGUGUAA